GAACAAGCAGCCGACUUUGAGUUUGAUUGGCCCCGAUGGCAAGCCGUUGCUGACAGAUUUGAAGAUGCCGGUACCCCUGCCACCAGCUACGCCUCAGGAAAGCACGAGUACUAUGGGAGCUCUUGGUGCUCAUUCGCAGAUACAACAAUUUCAUCCCCG